UGGGCCGAAAAAAGGAAGAGUUUAGGCAACUGAACAAAUUGGGUGAAGAGAAAGCAAGGGGAGGGAAAGAAAGACUUCAUGACAUUAAAACUCAUUCAUUAAUUCGAAUGAGAAACCGACCGACUGCUUGAACACCAAAACGCUUGCUCAAGCUAAAUUCAACAUUAAAAGUCUUCUGUCUGGAGAUAAUAUCUCGUUGCUGUUAUUUGUACAAACACUAUUGUUUGUAUUUAACGAGAUUGAAAAAAGCACCGCUGCGAUUUAAAAGACAAGCGCGUGAACCAUCUGAUCCUCGCGUUACUUCCACUCGCUCAGUCUGCGUUUGACUUGUUGGCGGGGCGUUGGUGCCUUGGACUUUUUUUCUUCCUCUUCCUCGCGUCUCGGUCCACUACUACGCUGCUCGGUUGGAAUCUGAUUUAUUCGACCACACUACACCUAAAGUAAUACAUUAAAAUGGCCGGAUCCAACAGCAUCGAUGCAGUUAAGAGAAAAAUCAAAGUUUUACAACAGCAGGCAGAUGAGGCAGAAGAAAGAGCCGAGAUUUUGCAGAGACAGGUCGAGGAAGAGAAGCGUGCCAGGGAGCAGGCUGAGGCAGAGGUGGCCUCUCUGAACAGGCGUAUCCAACUGGUUGAGGAAGAGUUGGAUCGUGCUCAGGAGAGACUGGCCACAGCCCUGCAGAAGCUGGAGGAAGCUGAGAAGGCCGCAGAUGAGAGCGAGAGAGGGAUGAAGGUGAUUGAGAACAGGGCUCUGAAGGAUGAGGAGAAGAUGGAGCUCCAGGAGAUCCAGCUUAAGGAGGCCAAGCACAUUGCUGAGGAGGCCGACCGCAAAUACGAGGAGGUGGCACGUAAGCUGGUGAUCGUUGAGGGAGAGUUGGAGCGUACGGAGGAGAGAGCAGAGCUUGCUGAGAGCAAAUGCGCUGAGCUGGAGGAGGAGCUGAAAAAUGUCACCAACAAUCUUAAGAGUUUGGAGGCCCAGGCUGAGAAGUAUUCCCAGAAGGAAGAUAAGUAUGAGGAAGAAAUCAAGAUCCUCACUGAUAAGCUGAAGGAGGCUGAGACCCGUGCUGAGUUUGCCGAAAGGUCUGUGGCCAAACUGGAGAAGACCAUUGAUGAUUUGGAAGAGAAACUGAGAAAUGCUAAGGAGGAGAACGUCAAGAUCCAUGCCACUUUGGACCAGACCCUGAGCGAGCUCAAUAGUUUCUAAGGAAGACCUGGAGCCCAAAAAAAAAAAAGCCUCCUCUUCCCUUCCUGACACCCUCAUCUCAUUGUUUUUUUCUUUGUCUCUGCACAUCUGAUUCUGCUGUUUUUCUGAUCCCCUGUUCUCUUGUUCUACUGGAAGACGGGCUCACCAAGCCAACCAGCAAAAAUGCUGUGCCUCUCAAUGGUUCAAAAGUACUUAAUAGGCUUCACUGCUCAUCUCAGCAAAUCCCAUGUGAUUUCAGGAACAAACUACUAUGGUAUUCUUAAAGUGUCAAAUGUUGCAUGCCAGCCCUGGGGUAGCAUUUUUUUUUGGUUUUGGUCCAUGAUCAGAGCUUUAUGAUUGUGGCAAGUUUUUUCACAUUAGCCAAAACCCUCAAUUUUUUCUUCAUUUUACUGGAGGGUGAUUUACUUAACAUUUUGUGCCAUAAAAGCCAUCUUGGCAGUCUCAUGCUUGGCUUUAGAUCACUCUACAGUCAUUUUGUCCUGUUGAUCCUGUGACGCAGGAUGUUUUUGCUGGUCUUGUUGGUGCCUGAUCCACUGUUCUCCUCUUACCACUUCACUCUUCUCAUCCUGCACAAGUUUCUGCUGCCUGUUUGUCGGCGUCACAGGUUUUGGGACCAAAACCACACCGUGUGGUCUGUAACAGUAUGCACAACCAUGUCUUGAGGGCCGUUGUUGUUUUUUGUCGUUGUUUUUUGUUUUAAUAAAAGCCUUUGCUUCGAUUUUGGAGUUUUUUUUUUUUAUUUUAUUUUUUAUAUAUAAUGUAUUCAUUGUUUGGGUUUAAUCCCCCUGCAUAUUAACACAAGUAUGGCAAACCACUAAGUGAAAUGCUGCACUGUUAUGGGCUUAAGGUGGGCAUCUUUUGAGCAGAGGCCAACUCAUGUUUUUUCAUUCACUCUGGUGGCCUGUUUUGGUAUUUUUCCUUUUUUUUUCUUUUUUUCUUUUUUUGCUUUAAAGAGCCGUAUUCUACCCAGGGAAGAAAGGUUUAGGUUUUUUUGUUUUUGUACCGUGGGUUCAAAGCAGUGGCACUGCCAGAUUCUAAAGGUCCAAAAGCCGUGCAGAUCUAAAUAUGUAUUAUGAACACAGUAAAUGGGAGUGAAAAGUAACACUUAAUAGUAUAAAGAUUAAAAAAGGGUGAACACAUAGUUCUAACUGGAAAGAGCCCACAAUGAUGUGUAAUCACUUUGUUACUGUCUGUAUCUUGUGUAAUGAUACCUAAAUUCUUUUUUAAAUAAAGACCAUGAUUUUUACUGUCACUGAA